AUGGGCGCGGAUGAAGUGGUUAACAGCCGUGAUCCUGAAGCCCUGAAAAAGCAGGCAGGCCGUUUUGACCUGAUUCUGAGUACCGUGGCGGUCGACCUGGACUGGAAACCUUAUUUCGCUGCGCUGGCACCUCAGGGUAAAUUCCACACCGUGGGUGCCGUGAUGAAGCCGAUUGAAGUGAGUGCUUUUGAUCUGAUCCUGGGCGACAAAGCGGUGACCGGUUCAUCAACCGGCUCACCAGGCCAGCUGCGUUCGCUGCUGCGACUCGCCUCGCGUGCGGAUAUUGCGCCACAGGUUGAGUUCUUCCCGAUGUCUGACAUCAAUAAAGCGCUGGAUCACGUUCGCGCCG